AUGGGCGCCGUCGCCGUCGCCGCCGUCACUGCCUGGGCAGCCAAUGGUGGCAGCUCUCGGCGGCUCGUGGCUCUUUCGCGGCAAAAAGGAUUUGGCGCGCAAAAGUGGCCGGGACUUUGCAGGCAGCGGCGGCCGGGGGCGGAGCGGGAUCCGGAGUGGGAUCGAGCCCUCGCCGCGGCCUGCUGCCAUGGGCCCGCGCCGCCGCCGCCGCCUGCCACCCGGGCCGCGUGGGCCGUGAGCGCCAUGGCCGUGGCCCCCGCGGGCGGCCCAUGCGCGCCGGCGCUGGAGGCCCUGCUCGGGGCCGGCGCGCUGCGGCUGCUUGACUCCUCGCAGAUCGUCAUCAUCUCCACGGCGCAGGAGGCCAGCGCCCCACCGGCUCCUGCCGGCCCCUCCGUGCCUGCAGCGGGCCCCCGCGACCCUGACUUGCUGCUCUUCGCCACGCCGCAGGCACCCCGGCCCACACCCAGUGCGCCGCGCCCCGCUCUCGGCCGCCCGCCGGUGAAGCGGAGGCUGGACCUGGAAACUGACCAUCAGUACCUGGCGGAGAGCAGCGGGCCAACCCGGGGGAGAGGCCGUCAUCCAGGAAAAGGUGUGAAAUCUCCAGGAGAGAAGUCACGCUAUGAGACAUCCCUGAAUCUGACCACCAAACGCUUCCUGGAGCUGCUGAGCCACUCGGCUGAUGGUGUUGUUGACCUAAACUGGGCAGCUGAGGUGCUGAAGGUGCAGAAACGGCGCAUCUACGACAUCACCAAUGUCCUUGAGGGCAUCCAUCUCAUUGCCAAGAAGUCCAAGAACCAUAUCCAAUGGCUAGGCAACCAUGCAGCGGUGGGGAUUGGUGGGCGGCUUGAAGGACUGACCCAGGACCUCCAGCAACUGCAGGAGAAUGAGCAGCAGCUGGACCACCUGAUCCAUGUCUGUACCACUCAACUUCGGCUGCUCUCUGAGGAUGCUGACAGCCAACGCCUGGCCUACGUGACUUGCCAGGACCUUCGUAGCAUUGCAGACCCUGCAGAGCAGAUGGUCAUGGUAAUCAAGGCCCCUCCUGAGACCCAGCUUCAAGCCGUGGACUCCUCAGAGACCUUUCAGAUCUCCCUUAAGAGCAAACAAGGCCCCAUCGAUGUUUUCCUGUGCCCUGAGGAGAGUGCAGGCGGGAUCAGCCCUGGGAAGACCCUGUCCCAGGGGGCAGCUUCUGGGGAGGAGGACAGUGUGGCUGAUCCUACCACCACAGUGCCACCGCCAUCAUCAUCUCCCCCCUCAACCCCCGACACGGAUCCCAGCAGGUCCCUGCUCAGCCUGGAGCAAGAAUCUCUGCUUUCCCGGAUGGGCGGCCUGCGGGCCCCCAUGGACGAGGACCACCUGUCCCCGCUGGUGGCGGCCGACUCACUCCUGGAGCAUGUGCGGGAAGACUUCUCCAACCUCCUCCCUGAGGAGUUCAUCAGCCUGUCUCCCCCCCACGGGGCCCUCGACUACCACUUUGGCCUUGAGGAGGGCGAGGGCAUCAGAGACCUCUUUGACUGUGACUUUGGGGACAUCACCCCCCUGGAUUUCUGAUGGGGCCUACAGAGACCGGGGCCCCCUGAGAUGCCUACCCUGCUUCUGCAGUCCUGGAGCCCCCUGCCCCUGGCCAUCCUCCUAGCCUGAUUGGAAAUGUUUAAUUUAUACCCCUCUCCCUUAUCUCCAGAAGCUUUUAGCUCUGGAGUCUGGCUACUGCCAAGAGGCUGAGCAAGCCAGGAAGGGGAGGAUUCUGUUUGUGGUGUGUAUGUGCAUGCACCCAGCACCCAAUGUGUGUAUGCACAGGGGGAGUGGUG